CCUCCGGCGGCUGGGAUGGCGGCGACAGCGCGCGAGCCAAGGCGGCGAGGCUGCGAGCACUAUGACCGCGGGUGCCUACUGAAGGCACCUUGCUGUGACAAGCUUUAUACUUGCCGGCUGUGUCAUGAUAACAACGAGGAUCAUCAACUAGACCGCUUUAAAGUACAGGAAGUGCAGUGCAUCAACUGUGAAAAAAUUCAAUGUGCCCAGCAGUCUUGUGAAGACUGUAGCACGUUGUUUGGAGAAUAUUACUGCAGUAUAUGCCAUCUGUUUGACAAAGAUAAGAAGCAGUAUCACUGUGAAAACUGUGGAAUUUGUAGGAUUGGUCCAAAGGAAGAUUUUUUCCACUGUUUGAAAUGUAACUUAUGCCUAGCUUUGAAUCUUCAAGGAAAACAUAAGUGUAUUGAAAAUGUUUCUCGGCAGAAUUGUCCAAUAUGUUUGGAGGACAUUCAUACAUCCCGUGUUGUUGCUCAGGUCUUGCCAUGUGGACAUCUUUUACAUAGAACGUGUUAUGAAGAAAUGUUGAAAGAAGGCUACCGGUGUCCAUUGUGCAUGCACUCUGCCUUAGACAUGACUUGGUACUGGAGACAGCUGGACAGCGAGGUAGCACAGACUCCUAUGCCAUCAGACUAUCAGAACAUGACCGUUGAUAUUCUCUGCAAUGACUGCAAUGGACGAUCUACAGUCCAGUUCCAUAUUUUGGGCAUGAAAUGUCAGAUUUGUGACUCUUAUAAUACUGCUCAAGCUGGAGGGCGUAGGAUUUCACUGGAUCAGCAGUGACCAGCUUGUACAUCACAGGAAAACUCAGCAUUUGUGAUAUGGAAAAAAGUUCUGUGGAAAAGUACUCUCUUGUCAUGAUGUGUCAUAAUCAGUGAAUUAGAGCUGAUAUGUAUUAUCCUAGCUUUUAUUUAAUCUCUAGAAAAAUACAUAUUAAGUAACUCCUUUUUAAUCCUUCAGUUUCUGGGGUUAUCUUAAUCAGUACAUGGAAAUCUGCAUGAUACUAACUUCAGCCUAUGUUUGAAGUAGCAGUAUAAGCUGUUUUUAUAUCUAUCUCAAAUUCUAUGUGAUAUGGCUUACAUAGACCAUGUUUCCCAAAGGCCUCAUGUGCCAUAGGUGGGGAUUUUGGAGGAUGAAUGAAUUAUCAGGUGCUGUAGCUGACUUGUGAAAAGGUGGUGUCUGGUGGGAGUGGAUGGGUCACUGGGGUAUGACCUGGGAGGGUCUGUCAUCCUCCCGUGUUCCUUCUUUGCUUCCUGGUCACCACAGAGUGAGUAGCUUUCUUCUGCCCAGGUCCUUUCACCAUGCUCUCUGCAUUGGAGCCAGCCAACUAGACUGAAACCUCUCAAAAGCAUAAGCCCAAAUAAACAUCUCCUU